AAAAAAGGACUGAGUGCAGAAGAAAAGAGAACUCGCAUGAUGGAAAUAUUUUUUGAGACGAAAGACGUAUUUCAACUAAAAGACAUGGAGAAGAUUGCUCCCAAAGAAAAAGGCAUUACUGCCAUGUCUGUAAAAGAAGUCCUUCAAAGCUUAGUGGAUGAUGGUAUGGUUGACUGUGAGAGGAUUGGAACAUCUAAUUAUUACUGGGCUUUUCCAAGUAAAGCUCUUCAUGCCAGGAAGCGUAAAUUGGAGGUUCUGGAAUCUCAGUUGUCUGAGGGAAGCCAAAAGCAUGCCAGCUUACAGAAAAGCAUUGAGAAAGCUAAAAUUGGCCGACAUGAAACGGAAGAACGAACCAUGCUUACAAAGGAGCUUUCUUCACUUCGGGACCAACGGGAACAGUUAAAGGCAGAAGUAGAAAAAUACAAAGAAUGUGACCCACAAGUUGUGGAAGAAAUACGUCAAGCAAAUAUAGUAGCCAAAGAUGCUGCGAACCGAUGGACUGAUAACAUAUUUGCAAUAAAGUCUUGGGCCAAAAGAAAAUUUGGAAUGGAAGAAAAUAAAAUUGAUAAAAAUUUUGGAAUUCCAGAAGACUUUGACUACAUAGACUGAAAUAUUGAAUAGAAUCUAGGUGUUUUUGACUAUGUCAUUAUAUUACCAAGUUAAAUGUAUUGAAAUGCCAUUUGCCUGUAACUAUAUGUACCAUUUAUUUUUUAUUUAAAUAAAGUAUAGACUGGAAAUGUUCGUCAUCCUUUUUGGUAGAUCAAAAGCAGGGUG